UGGCCCCCGAGCUUCCGUUUCUCUACUGCUCUCCGUGGUGGGCUCGGCCAGGAGCUCGGCGCCAGGGUGGGGGCGGGCCUUCCGGAAAGGGGCGCGCGGGAGAGCAAGGUCACGGCGAGGGACUCUUGCCCCCGCUGCUCAGGAAAUGUCCUCCCUCUCCGAAUACGCCUUGCGCAUGAGUCGUCUCAGUGCCCGGCUGUUUGGUGAAGUGGCCAGGCCCACCGAUGCCAAGUCCAUGAAGGUAGUGGAACUGUUCAGUGAGCAGCCUUUGGCCAAAAGGAAGGAGACGUAUGACUGGUAUCCCGAUCACAACACAUACUUUGCGCUCAUGGGGACACUGCGUUUUCUUGGCCUCUACAGGGAUGAGCAUCAGGACUUCAAGGAUGAGCAGAUGCGUCUAAAGAAGCUUCGUGGAAAGGGGAAACCACGGAAAGGAGAAGGGAAAAGAGCAGCAAAAAAGAAAUAGCGUUGGUCCAUCAGGAGAGAAAACUUCUUCCUCAGCAACUGAGUGCAGAAGAAAGCGUAUUUAUUAUCUUUUCACACACUGGAGGAGUAUAUGCUUCCUAAAUGGAAGAUUAUUUGUAGGAACAUAGUCGUCUCGGUGUUGAAGUCUAAUCUAGUUGAAUUGUGCCUGGUUUCUUGGAUACAUUCUAAUUCUGCAAAAUUAUUUUGGCCCUGAUUUUGUAAUCUGAGGUUUGCCUCAUUCCCUAAAGAAACAAAUGCAUGAA